UGUUAUAUUCUCUUUUCAAUGCAACCCGCACCGCACCCGACCCUACUGGGAGGGUAGGAUAGGGUGGGCUGAGUUGCCGACUGAAACCAACCCGUUUGUCGCAAGGUGGCGGACCUCAGACGCCGGCAGUCCCAGUCCGAGUUGUGUUCGGUUUCACACACUUUCCCUCGAAUUCUAUCCAUAAAAAAAAUAUAGGGAAAAUAAUACUAUUUUCUAUUAUAGCAUUCCUCGUUUUGUAAUCGUAUUCGCGAAAUUUUGUGAUCGAAUGUUAGUAGUGUUGCAAUCGUCUGAGCAGACUUCGCUCGGCUUGUGUUUUUGUUCGACAAAAGUUAGGCAGCGGCCAUCUUGUUUUUAUAAAAGUGCCACGUGUGCUACCUCACCAAGAUCGAUGCAAAUUCUUCCUUUUUCGAUGAACUCCGCACGUCGUAGUGACACCUGGAUGCAAGUAAAGUGAAAAAGGGAAACAAAAGAAAGCAAAAAUCUGAGUUCGUGUGGCCGAUAGCGUGCAAUCUCGCUUGUUACCAAGCUCAUCGUCCUCCCAAGGCCGUUCAAGGGCUUCGUUUCUGUUUGUCUAAUCAAGCCCACAUCGCAGCGACCAAACAUUUCACAGUCUAACUCCGCCCCCAUUGGCGUAGAAUUUGGACUGGCGCCAUAUUUGAAAUUACUUUAGAAGUGAAAUCGAAUGAGGCUGCUCGUAGCCUUAUGAAAAAUACAACGUGAGCAAAAUGGAACAGAAUGCCGAGACAGGCGGUGGAGGUCCAGCUGCUGGUCCAGGAGAUGCACAAGUUGGUGCGGCUUCGGCUGCAAUGACAUACGCCAAUUUGGAAACGUUGACUCGACUCAAUACAGAAGAAUUGACCUCCAUCCUGUCUAGCACGGGCCAUCACGCCCAUCACCAUCAUCGACACGAAGAAGAAGAGGAAGAAGAUGGAACUCAUUAUGCCGACGCUUCGGCCAAUGGCGAUGGCGAAGAACCUGCCGGUUAUAUUGUAACCACGGCCACUGAGGCCUAUCAUCAAGGCUCUUAUGUUGUUACAGCCGCCUCGUCCGCUGACACAGCGGCCAAUAAUGGUGGAGGUGGCGGAGAAGGUGGACUAGUAGACGAUCAAUCGACGACGGACAAUGAAGCGUCGGGUCUUUCAGUCCAUUCCUAUUGUAAGCCGAGUAAUAGUCAAGAAGCCGUUGAAGGACGGACGUCGACUGGACCUUCAGAUGUCGUCCCUACGAGGUCUUCAUCCAGCGUGAACGCAACAGCCGCUGAAUUGCUCGACUUGAAAACGGUUCUCCCAGGUCCUACAACUCGUCGAGUGUUGCUCAUCGAUGACGGCCAUGGCGAUUUAGAAAUGGCUAAAUCUGAUGUCGAAUUCUUACUGAGAGGUGAUGCUGCUGGAAUUGUCCUCCGCGAAGGCAAACGCAGCGAAGUUUGGGCCCGUUUCGGCAAAGUCACCUUCCAGGGCCGCAAAGUCAAAGGCUACGUCGCUUGCAUCUACUGUCGCCAGGUUUAUGCUUUCGGUGAUGCCCAUUCUACUGGCACUUCAACAUUGAAAAAACAUCGGUGCCUUGCCCAGUCGUUAGUAACCACAACUGGUGCUUCACCAUUAACGCCAACUAGUGGUGGAUCUGAUCGAUUAAUGCCUAGUCCAGCUCCCGGUUCUUCCUCUCAAUCUGAUCAACAGCAAAAUGCGUCGUAUGUCAAUUUCCCUUCACCGUCCGUCAUUGUCAGCAUCGCCACUGCCGUCCGCAGUUCGACGGAUGCGCCCGAACAGAUUCCGCUCAAUUCAUCUCCACAUCAAGCGUCAAUGACGAACAUUGUAACGCGUUUUCUAGCACCAGGUGAUCGCGAUGAAUUGAUUAGAAAUGCAGGUGUCGUUCUCGGCUCUGGAUCAAUCAGCGCUGCAUCGUUUCUUCAAUUAUCUAAAGCUCUGGUUGAACUCGGAGCGAAACACGGAGUGCCUCUCGUAGAUGACAUGUCUGCGAUUUUCACUUCGCCAUCAUUUGAGACGAUCUUGCCCAGCAUUGCUCACGAGUAUCGCAAUCAUUUUGCAGAAGAAGCACGUACCAUCUCCGCCGGAGGCAUUGGAUUGAUUAUCCGUGUUCAGCCGGGUUCCACAUCAAGAGCCCAAACUAACGGCCAGUUGGUUCAAGUAACUCUGGGAAUCAGUUACUGCGUCGAUAGUAAUCAGAACGGGACGGACGUAUCUCCUUUCUUGCGUCAAGUGCCUUUACGACACGUCCAGCUGAGUGUGGAUCAAGACACGUCGACUCGUAUUGGCCAGCUUGUGCAGCGGACCUUAAAGGAAGAAAGAUUAGAUCAUUUGCGUCGUGCCAUUGUUUGCAACUCGAUCGAUGUGAUCAAAGAAUCGUUCGCUGGGCAGAUGACGGUUCCCUGUGCUCACCACUCAAUCGGAAGGGCGUUGGCUUUAGCCCAAGAGAACUGUGCGUCAUCUCGCCAAGAUUGGAGGAAUUUUCAUGACGCGAUUCAGAAAAUGGCUAACAUCGUUCAGGCAAUGGGUUGGGAAACUCAAUUGGCCAAGGCGAUCCAACCGAUCGGUGGGGCCGCUGGAGAAUCGUCCACCGCCUUAGAUUGGAUGGAACUGGUGAUCAACGUGUCGUCCCAAAUUGGCGAACUAUGCAAAUUUUUUCAAGAUCCGUCCGUUUCCAGUGUCUGGAAUCAACUGGAUCGCCAACUUCUCGGCCAUUUAGCCGCGUUUUAUUCCAGUAUGGCGUCCGUUGUGGCUAAAAUCAGCGGUUUGGCAGCGUGUCCGACGCUUUGUAAUGUGCUGCUGGCAAGAAGUCACGUGAUGUCGCUCUGCACGCCUAAAUGUCACGUGGACCCUCCCGCGCUUUCGGCGUUGAAACACGCCUUACUAGAAGCCUUGAACGGACAUUGGCCAUUAGAGCUGGCUCAUCGACUGGCCUGCGUCCUCCACCCGGCUUUCAAGCACAUGCGUCGGCUGGACGUCAGCGACCGCGAGCGAAUGGAAACGUACGCCAUGGUCCGCAAUUUGUUGCGCCAAGCGGACAGCUCGUCUCAGCAGCCCGUCUCUGAACACAUUUUGCGCAGCACUUUGGACAACGCGAUGGCGGCCAACAACCGUAACGGAGAAUUGAAACGGAAAAUGUCGAGUCGGACGGUGAGCAAUGAAACGACGCCGACUAAUAGCUCGGCUGCGAAGCGCCAACGAUCGUCCAUGCAGAACAUUUUGCCUACGACAUCGACGACAGCGCCAUUGAUCUCUAACAACAAUGACAUGGCCUUUGAUUUCAGCGAAUUGGCCGAUUUUAGUUUGCAUUGCGAGAGCGCCAACGGUUUGACGUUAGUGCCGGAACAGCGGGACGAGUUGGAUCUCUAUCUGGAAGAGAAAGUCAUCCAGCAAGAUCUGAUGGAAUUGACGAAUGUUUUAGUUUAUUGGAAACAUCGGCAAUCAGUCUUCCCCGGCUUGUCGCAGCUGGCCUUUUGGUUGCUGGCCCUUCCCUCCUCCGCUUCUAGCGUUGUAGCUUCGUCCAAAUCCGACGCCGUCCUCCAUCGUCAGCUCUUUCAAGUGGUGGCUCAAAGCAGCUCUUCCACUACUACUCUUGUUGAAUAAUAGGUUUCUAUCCCGUCAAAACGUUCCAUGUAAUUCUCUUCCCCCUCACUUCUUCCUGUGUCUGACCAAAAAAAAACAACGAUAAAAAAGAUCGUGUGUACAUUUAUUAAAUCGGCGAUUGUAUUUGAUAUAAUU